GUAUUAAAGCACAUCUUCAUGAAGUACAUCUGAUUUAAACUUGUGGAAAUACAUCGCAAACAUCACCCGUUCAUCUGAAGGCACUCAGCAUCAUCCACUGCACACGACUGGAAGAUGAAGCUCGCUGGAUUUAUGCUCCUCCUCAUCAAUUCAGCGGCCUCCAUCAAUCUCAAAUACAUCUCCAAGAGGAACUCAGUGGACGGCUGUAUCGACUGGUUGGUGGACCUGAAGACGUACCGUGUGCUGGCCGGAGAGCCGCUGAGGGUGAAGUGCGCUCUCUUCUACAGCUACAUACGCACCAACUACAGCAUGGCCCAGAAUGCCAAGCUGCGGCUCAUCUGGUACAGGAACAAGGGCGACUCCGAGGAGCCCAUCAUCUUCUCGGGUCACCGGCUGAGUAAGGAGGGAGACUCCGUUUGGUUCCGCUCCGCAGAGAUGGAGGACAAUGGAUUUUACACUUGUGUGCUCAGAAACUCCACGUACUGUAUGAAGGUGUCCAUGUCUCUGACGGUGGAGGAGAGCGAGGAGGGACUCUGCUUCAGCAGCCGAAUACGGUACCAGGAGAACGCUGAGGUCACCAAGAGCAAAAUGAUCAGCUGCCCUGACAUCGACGACUAUCUCGCACCCUACAAGCAGCCUAUCAUGACUUGGUACAAGGAGUGUCAGAGGAAAGAGUGGAGGAGCUCCAUCAUCAUCAACACCACCAGCCUCUGGAUCCCGGAGGUGCAGGAGGACGACGGAGGGAACUACACCUGUGAACUCAAAUAUGGCAGCAGAGUUGUGAGACGGACCACAGAGCUCAAAGUCACAGCACUUCUUACGACCAGACCACCAAAAGUGCUGUUCCCGUCAGAGAGACGGGCCAGCGUCAUAGACGUCCAACUCGGCAUGCGUCUGGUCCUGGACUGCAGGGCUUUCUUCGGCUACAGCGGAGAUUCCCGGCCAAUCAUCUACUGGAUGAAGGGAGAUAAGUUCGUGGAGGAGCUGGAAGGACAUAUACGAGAGAGUGAAGUCAGGGUGGUGCGGGAGUUUCUGGGGGAGAAGGAGGUGGAGCUGUCGCUGAUCUUUGACGCUGUGGAGGAGACGGACAUGGGCAACUACACCUGUAACGUGGAGAACCACAUCGGCCGAGGCAGCGGGAGCGCCGUCCUGCAGAAGAAAGAUGUGUACAGGCUGGAGCUGGUUGGUGGUCUGGGUGCCAUCAUGCUGAUAUUGGGGAUCUUCACAGCCAUCUAUAAGUGCUAUAAUGUGGAGAUCAUGCUGUGCUACCGACGACACUUCGGCAGUGAUGAGGCCGAUGAUGACAACAAGGAAUAUGACGCCUACCUGUCCUACACCAAAGUGGACCUGGAGUCGGUGGAGCGUGAGAUGAGCGAGGAGGAGCUGUUCGCUCUGGAGAUCUUACCGGACGUUCUGGAGAAACACUACGGAUAUAAACUCUUCAUCCCGCACCGGGACCUCAUUCCCAGCAGCACGUACAUCGAGGACCUGGCGCACAGCGUGGAGCAGAGCAGGCGUCUCAUCAUCGUCUUGACCCCUGAGUUCGUGGCCCGCCGUGGCUGGAGCAUCUUCCAGUUCGAGCCGCGGCUGCACAGCAUGCUGGUGAUGGGCGAAAUCAAGGUGAUCAUGAUCGAAUGCUCGGACCUGCGCAGCGUCAUCAACUACCAGGAGCUGGAGGACCUCAAGCACACCAUCCGAGUGCUGUCGCUCAUCAAGUGGUACGGGCCCAAGAGCAGCCAGCUCCAGUCCAAGUUCUGGAAGCGGGUGCACUACGAGAUGCCUGCGAAGAGAAAAGAGAGCGUGUCCCGCCGACAAGUCCUGGACUCGGGCGAGCAGGGGCUGUUCGGCGACCUGCAGGCCGUGUCGACCGUGGCUAUGACUGCCACCUCUGCGUCGCUAGCGCCGGCUCACGUGGAGAUACCGGACUAUAACGAGCCGGGCCACCUGCAGAUGCACCACUUCUGUCGCAGCUAUGAGUACGAGCUGCCCAGCUCCGCCAUCGCCACGCUCAGCGGCCGGCACGUGUACUGCAAUCUGCCCAUGACGCUGCUGAACGGACGGCCGGCGCACAACGACAUCGGCAAACCCAAGAAAGACAUUCACUUGAGCAGGCCGUUCGUGCCGCUGUCCAGACCAGAGCUUUCCAGUGACAUCUGGUAGAGCGGCUCCGCCAAACAUCGCUUCGCCAAUCUCAUCCUUCCUUCCUUUUUAUCUGCAUGAGUUCAUCUUGUUAAGAUUAAA